AUGGCUGAGAUACGUCAGAGACAAGGUCCAGGCGAGAAGGAACAGGUCAAAGUGCCGUUACCCUCGGAUCAAAAAGGUAAACGUUUAGACAAGAAGGAGAUCGAUAAGAAGGUUGAGCAGAUUCAGACGUUGAAUGCUGUAAGGUUGAUACUUUCCUUAGCUGGGCUGGGAGCAGUAGUAUGGUUCGGGUACAAGACAUUAUAUCCAAUUCUCUUCACACCUUCAACAACAAGUGAGGGAGAGAAUCUAGCAACGAAGAUAUCCUCAACCUCAAGGUUCAAAUUCGGUAAAAAGAAUCAACAAUCUUUGAUAUCUUCCGAAAUACCUAGUCCGGUGGGUGGUAUAAAGCUUGAAGCGGAUGUGGAGAAGAGACAAGCGGUGAAAGAUGCUUUCAUUUGGAGUUGGAAUGCGUACGAGAAAUACGCAUGGGGUUCAGAUGAAUUCUCUCCCCUCUCGCAAUCCGGCUCCAACUUGACUUCGGCGGGUGGUAUAGGAUAUACCAUCGUAGAUUCUCUCGAUGCAUUGUUAGUACUUGACUUGAUACCCGAAUACGAAAGGGCUAGGGAUUGGUGUAAGAAUGAACUGAGUUUUGAGAAAGAUGCAGUGUUCAAUACUUUCGAGACGACAAUCCGUAUUCUCGGUGGACUUCUCUCAGCCCACUAUCUCACCUCAGUACAUACCAACCCCUCAAUCCAGCAAGAUGCCCCGAUAUUCCUUGAUCUAGCUGUAGAUCUCGGGGAGAGACUCCUAGGUGCAUUCUCAAGUCCCUCGGGUUUACCUUGGUCAGGUAUCAAUUUAGCUACUCGCGACGGAAUUCCAGAUAGGGAUAAUCAAGGUGUAGCUUCACUAGCUGAAGCUGCGAGUCUACAAUUGGAAUUGAAAUACCUCAGUCAUCUCACUGGAGAUUACGUAUAUUGGAAAAAGGCUGAAAGGGUAUCGGAGAUCAUCAGAGGAGAGGCGGUACAUGAUGGUAUCGCUCCGAUUUUCAUCAGUCCUAUGAACGGUCAAUUUGUCGCUUCGGAGAUCAGACUUGGGUCAAGAGGUGAUUCAUACUACGAAUAUCUUCUCAAACAAUGGCUUCAGACUGAUCGUGAAGAACCGGUCUAUCGAGAUAUGUACGACGAAGCCAUGGGAGGUAUCAAGAAACACCUGAUCGGACAAACCAAGAAAUCCGGAUUGAUCUUUACUCAAGAGUUACAUCCUGCCAGACACCCAAGAGAUCAAAGUCAAACUUGGCAGGUCGUACCUAAACAAGACCAUCUGGUGUGUUUCCUCGGUGGAUCUUUCAUCUUAGGUAUAACCGAAGGUGGUAAACGAUCGGUUGAUUGGAAAGAUAUGGAUGAAGUUCAACAGGAAGAUUUCGUGGUUGGGAAAGGGAUCAUUGAGAGCUGUAUGAAGACUCAUGAGACUGCUACUGGCUUAGCACCGGAAAUUGCAAUGUUCGUACAAUGGAGUGAUGAACAGAGGGCUGCUGAUGAGGAUUGGUAUAUAAAGCCCAACCUCAACGGAGUCCUGAUCGACGGGCGAAACAUCCUUCGACCCGAGACUGUCGAGUCCCUCUUCCUAGCGUACAGAUCAACAGGCGACGAACAGUAUAGAGAGUGGGGUUGGGAGGUGUUCCAAGCAUUUGAGAAGUGGUGUAAAGUCCCUUCAGGUGGUUAUGCGGGUAUAGAAGAUGUUCAGACUGUUCCACCUAAACAAUUGGACAGGAUGGAAACUUUCUGGUUGGCCGAGACACUCAAUGUAUUUUAUGCGAAGGAUGAAGAAUUCGCCGAUGCUUUGUCGAUCCGAAUUACAGCAUACAAUCGUGGACCGGACCCAGCAGAUCUACACAUCUUGCCUCAGCUCUUCUUUAGGAAUACUUGGUCGUGGCCUAAGGAAUUACCCAAGAACAUGCCCAACGUAAGGCAAGAAGCUGAAGGUGUUAUUUACGCUUCGGAAGAAUCACUCGGUAAUACCAGACUGUACUGUACACCUUCCCCUGCACCUGCUGCGCCUGCUAAAGGCGGUGUGGUAUUGGUUGAUGGACCAAGUAUCGUACCUGAGCUGCUCUUUACUGAGAAUGAGACCAACUUCGAGCGAUUGUACAACGGUAAAAACCGAACACCUUACGUUAAAGAUGCUUUCCACGAUCAUAUCAUCCCAUCUCACCGACCUGUUGAACCCGAAACCAACGGAGAGAAAGAGGCAUCCACCAGCGAAGCCGACGGGUCCGACGGUGAGGCUGAACAGGUUAUCGAACCUCCUCCUCGACCUACAUCAGCACACGGUGGUCGACAAUUCGUCAACCCCGAGAAAACAGGUACGAAAGCUGGUGCGCACUACGAGUUCAAGGAUGUACCUGGAAAAGGCGGUUGUGUAGUCGUCAGAUUGAAGAUGACUCCUUAUUCACCUGAUGAAGAUCCCUCGAUCUUGGAUGAAGAGUUGUUCGAUGAUAAUAUCGAAGAAAGAAGGAUCGAUGCGGAUGAAUUCUAUGGUGCUAUUUCGAGAGGAUCUAUAAGUGAAGAUUUGAGGAAUAUCAUGAGACAAGCUUUGAGUGGUAUGCUUUGGACUAAACAAUAUUAUCAAUAUAUCCAAAAAGAAUGGAUGGAUGGUGAUCCAGGUCAACCACCUCCUCCACCGGAGAGAAAAUGGGUCAGAAAUAGAGAAUGGAAACAUAUGUAUAUCAAUGAUAUCCUCUCUAUGCCGGACAAGUGGGAAUAUCCAUGGUUCGCUACCUGGGAUACCGCUUUCCACUGUAUCCCUCUUGCCAUGGUCGAUCCUUCUUUCGCCAAAAAGCAGCUCGACUUGAUGACUCGAGAAUGGUACAUGAAGCCUGAUGGUGCUUUACCUGCCUACGAAUGGAAUUUCAGUGAUGUCAACCCUCCUGUACACGCUUGGUCUACAUUCCGAGUAUUCAAGAUUGAACGAAAGAUGUUUGGAAGAGAGGACUUGGACUUCUUGGAGAGGGUAUUCCAGAAAUUACUGCUGAACUUCACUUGGUGGGUAAACCGAAAAGAUGCAGACGGAAACAACGUCUUCGAAGGUGGUUUCUUGGGUCUAGAUAAUAUUGGUCCAUUCAACCGAUCUGAACCAUUGCCUACUGGUGGUACUCUCCGACAAGCUGAUGGUACAGCAUGGAUGGCAUUCUUCUGUUUGAACAUGUUAUCGAUCGCCUUGGAAUUGGCUAAACAUAAUCCGACUUACGAGGAUAUUGCUUCUAAGUUCUUCGAGCAUUUCCUGUUCAUCUCUGAUGCGAUGACAUUUGUCGGUUCCAACGACGAACAACUUUCUCUGUGGAACGAAGAAGAUGGUUUCUACUAUGAUGCUAUUCAAUGGGGAUAUGGACACUCUCAACAAUUACCUGUCCGAUCCAUGGUCGGUUUGAUGCCUCUGUAUGCCACCUUGGUCUUGGAACCUCAAGUCAUCAAGCGAUUCCCUGGAUUCAAGAAGAGGAUGGACUGGUUCAUUGAGAAUAGACCUGAUAUUUCUACUAGAAACAUCGCUAAUAUCAGAGAGAGAGGACGAGGUGAUAGACGAUUACUUGCCAUCGCAUCUAAAGAAAGACUCGUUCGAAUCUUGGAGAAGAUGUUGGAUGAGAAAGAAUUCUUAUCUGAAUAUGGUGUACGAUCUAUGUCCCUUCACCACCACGAACAUCCAUUCUCCAUGAAUGUCAACGGAGAAGACUUUGGUGUAGGGUACUGGCCGGGUGAUUCUCGAUCAGGAAUGUUCGGUGGUAAUUCCAAUUGGAGAGGUCCAAUUUGGUUCGCUGUCAACUUCUUACUUAUCGAGAGUCUACAACGAUUCCACCAAUAUUAUGGUGAUACCCUGACAGUAGAAUGUCCAACAGGAAGUGGAGAUUACAUGUCAUUAGCAGGAUGUGCCGAAGAGAUCCAACAUCGACUUAUCCACAUCUUCUCAAGGGACGAAUCUGGACGAAGAGCCGUUAACGGUGGUAAUCCGAAAUUGAACCGUGAUCCGAAUUUCAGAGAUUACGUUCAUUUCUAUGAAUUCUUCCAUGGUAAUGAUGGUAGAGGUUUAGGUGCAUCCCACCAGACUGGUUGGACAGGUUUGGUAGCCUGGAGUAUUAUGCAGACUGGAGAAUACUGUAGAUUACCCAAGACACCUAGAACCCCAAGAUCGGUCGCCAAACAUUACUUUGACGAGCAUCUCAAUACACCUUCAGAGUACAAUGCCGAAGAUGGUUCGUUGUACUCUGCCUACUCUGUUCAUUCAGAUUUCGAUAAUCCCGAACCUGAUGAUUUGUAA